GGCAGUAAACACACAGAGACAGAAACAGACGAUCGGGACUGAUCAGCGUCUAAUCAAUAUGUUUGUUCUCCAGCUGAUGUCGAGGUUUCUGCUCCUCCACCUGGUGAUGAGUUCAGGCUCUGGAAAUCACUCUCUGUGGGGGUUGUUCACCUACAUCUCAGGACCAACCCAGUUCCCAGAGUUCUCCGGGGUUCUGCUGCUGGAUGACAUCCAGGUGGGGUACUAUGACUCAGAGACCAACCGAGUAAUGAAGGUUGGUGGUGGAGGUGAUAAAGGGGAGGAGCUUGACCUGGGACAGCUAGCCUUGGACGUGGUGCUGCGGAAUAUGAUGAAGAUGAGGAUGAGGUUGGACAUAGUCAAAAAACAGCUAAACCUGACCGCUCCAGGCGUCUACGUUCACCAGAGGAUGUGGGCUUGUGAGGUCCAAGAAGACGAUCAGCAUGAUUUCAUCAUGUUCAGGGAUGGAGCAAAUGGUCAUGAUGCCGACAGCGUGCAGUAUAACAGGACUCACUUCCUGUACGGCGGUGGUGACGGUUGGGAUUUCCACUGGGACACCAUGGAGCAGAUGUACCAGCAAAUGGGUUUCUCAAACAUCUACCUACCCGUAUGUGCCCGGACUCUACGACACGUGCUGGAGAGCAACAAGCACCUGGUGAUGCGUCGUGUUCGACCUCGACUACGCCUCCUAUCACAGCCGGGGGUGGGCGGGGCCCAGAUCACCUGUCUGGCCACAGACUUCUACCCUCGCCACAUCAACCUGACGCUGCUGCGGGACGGUGAACCCGUGAACGAGGAGGAAAUGACCGUUGGCUCGGUGCUGCCCAACGGCAACGGUCUCUACCAGCUGAGGAAGACGCUGAUGGUGGAUGAAGAGGAGCUGCAGAGGAAGCACAAGUACACCUGUGCAGCGUCUCACCUGAGUCUGGACAACCGGCUGGAUGUAAGCUGGAGGGCGGAGUCUUUCCACUCAUUCAGAGUCCACGUCAUCUCUGCUCCCGUCGUCCUGCUGGUUGUCGUCAUCCUGCUGCUGGUGCUGAUGAUGAAGAUGAGGAAAAGGUCAGGGUCAGAGCAAGCACUUCAUGAGGGAUCGGAGCCAGGGGUGGAGGACCGCGAUGUGACCGCUCCACUGAAGCAGUUUUCCUCCAAAUAAACCCUGUCCCCAGUGCAUAAUUGUGACAUUAAUCUCAUGACAAAGACGCCAAAGACGGAUGAGAUUGUGAUGGAUAAUUUAGCAUUAGCCACUUUAUUAAACCAAAACUACUGUGAAGAGCAAAUGUAGCCUUGUACAGAGAACAGAGUCUGCAGAUUCAUACUUUGUCCAUAAAAGAUUAGCUCUGUUUUUCUGAAUCUUAAGAAUGAAUCAUCAUGUACAGUAUGCUUUAAAAUCAUUAUGCUUCCUGUUUUUCAUUGUCAUUCUGCAUCGAGACGACUGCGAUAUCUUAAAUAAA